GAGGAGGCAGGCUGGAGUUUUUUUUUGUGUGUGUCGGUUUUGCUUGGAAAGACAUGAGUCGGAGUUUAUUGAGAAGGGCAGGUAUCCGGCAAAAGCAGCCAAAGUUUUUCAAAGCGUAGACGCAACAGGAUUUGUUUGUCUCAAAGGGAUUAUAAUCUCAAAAUGUCAGCGGCUGCAGCCAUGGAUGUGAGCAGAAACACGGAGCAGGUGAGGUGGUGGUUCGCAGACCAACAUGACAGCCAACAAGAGUUCCAAGGCUGUGCCUCGUGCAGGAGGGGGUAAAACUUCCCGAGAAGCCCCCGAAAGGUGCCGGUCCACAUCACCGUGUCCUGUUCUCUCAGGCAGCCAGGGGCAGAGCCAGCAGCCGCUCCUCAGCGACGGUGACUCUGGGAAGCAGGCGAGGUACGUCCGCACUGACGGCAGAUUCCUGGUACGUACUGGCUGGAAGAGCAAGACAGCCAGCCUGUGCAGCGGUGCAUUACUCACAGGUGACUCUGAGUUCCAAGGCCGUCUGGUCAAGUCAAAGAGCAUCAGCUGUCUGGACAACAGGCUCUCCAUCUACAAGCCCCCAGGUCAAACUAAAACCUGUCAGGACAGUCACGGUGCCCAGGAAGAGAGGGACAAACAAGGGGAUCACUCUGUGGGAAGUGGACUUAAUGGAAGGCCACUAACCUGGAGCACACUGUCACUGGGACCUUCCUCUGGCCAAAGCCACAAACGUACCCUCUCACUCACGCGCUCCGUAGCAGGUGUUCCCCCCGCCACCAUCCGUAAAAAGAUCUCAGAAUGGGAGUGCAGAAGGGUUCCUCUGCCUAGGAUGAGCUUGUGUCUGGAUAAAAGAGGAGGAGAGCGUGUAGGAGGCAGCGAGGGCUGCCCAAGUCUGCUCUCUUCUCCCUGCAGUGAGAAAACCUUUGACUUUAAGGGAGCUCGCAGGAUGAGCACAGCCUUCUCUGAAUGCUCCUACACAGAGACGGAGGCAGAAGAAGGAGUUUCAGACAAAGACAACCUAGGUCGCUUCCAGAAAAGGAUCGGUAAGACGGAGUCUUCGGGAACAUUUGUGCGUUCCCUAUCUGCUCGGAAGGAGACAUCGGCCGUCCUCAAUAGGAUACAAAAGAUAGAGCAGGCCCUGAAAGAGAAUCCCAGUCCUCCCCCUCCACGUUAUCUGAGUAAUUGCUAUGCUCCAGACAAGACAAGACAGAGGUCUUUUGUGAUAGGUGAUGGCUUGGACAGCACAUGCACCAGUAAGCGCAGCAGUAUUUGCUCAGUGGCCACUGAGCCAGAUGCUGUGUUGGUGUCCGAUAAGCUCUCUAAACUCAGACAAAGGUUUAGUGUGAGCUCGGUCAGGUCCGAGAGCCCAGAACCACCCAACAGUCAACAGGCCACUGUUGCCACACCAGUCAAUCCUUUACCCAAACCCAAACGCACUUUUGAGUAUGACGCCAAACGGGACCAGGAGGCCACGUCGCCCGCCAAUGGACUACCUCCAAACAGAGGCGCAGAGUCUCCGCCUCCCCUGCCCUCCACCCCUGCACCCAGUGCGACACGGACAGCAAAGACCCCGGGGAGCAAGUCCACAAAAAACCACGACAGAGAGUCAUGUGAGUCGGAGGAUGCUGCGAGCCCGCCGUCUUCUUCGCCGACAGAAAACGGCACUCUGACCACAGACACACAGAAUCGACCCAGUUCCAAAAGCACUUUAGAGGAGAAUGCCUAUGAGGAUAUAGUAGAGAAGGAGAACCCAUACGAGGACGUGGACCUGAAGAGGAAGAACAUGGGUCGAAAGUCUUGCCUGUUGGAGAGCAACAGACCCUGGACUGCUGCAGACAGGAAGCUGAACUCUCCGCCUCAGUUACCUUCCAAACCCAGUAGCCAGUCGCUUCAACUCUCCAGUCAGAGUGAGAAGAGGAGCCACCGGAUGUCACAGUUAUCCAAACGCUACAGCCACGAUGAACUGCUGCUGGCUGUGACAUCAUCGUCGCCCUGUGCUCUGCUGGACGACGGCCUCUGCGGCACGAGUGACACUCUCGCCUCGCAGAGGCACUGGAGGAUCCCCAAGCUGGUCCAGAGGAUCAACUCCAUUUACUGCACUAAACGUGGGAAGAAGAGGCUAAAGAAGCUGUCCAUGUCCAAUGUGGAGACUGUGUCUCUGAGAGAUGACAACAGCGAGAGUGAGAGCGACUCCGACGACAGGUUCAAAGCUCACACGCAGCGGCUGCUGAAGCUGCAGUCAAUCCUCCGUCGGGCCCCUAGCUACCGCACCCUGGAGCUGCAGCUCAUUGAGUGGCAGGAGAGAGAGCUCUUUGAGUAUUUUGUGGUCGUUUCACUGAAGAAGAAACCCAGCAAAAACGCCUUCUCCCCCGAGGUCACGUACCAGUUCCCCAAGCUAGAACGGCCCACCAAGCAGAUGAGGGAGGCGGAACAGAGGCUUAAAGCCAUUCCUCAGUUUUGUUUCCCAGAUGCAAAAGACUGGAAUCCCGUCUCUGAAUACAACAGCGAGACCUUCUCCUUCAUGUUGACGGGAGAGGACGGCAGCAGGAGGUUUGGGUACUGCAGACGCCUGCUGCCAACUGGGAAAGGGCCUCGCCUACCAGAGGUGUACUGCGUCAUCAGCAGGCUGGGCUGUUUUGACUUGUUCUCCACGAUCCUGGACGAGGUGGAGAGGCGGAGAGGCGUCUCAGCUGCACUGGUCUAUCCGUUCAUGAGGAGUCUGAUGGAGUCGCCCUUCCCUGCACCAGGGAAGCUUAUCAAAGUCAAGACCUUUCUGCCUGGUGCAGGAAAUGAGGUCAUCGAGCUGAGGCGGCCCACCGACUCCAGGCUGGAGCACGUGGACUUUGACAGUCUGUUCCGCUGUCUCGGCGUACGGCAGGUGGUUCGGGUGUUUGCGUCGCUGCUGCUGGAGCGCAGAGUCAUCUUUGUGGCGGAUAAACUCAGCACCCUGUCCAGCUGCAUGCAUGCAGUGGUGGCGCUGCUCUACCCGUUCUCCUGGCAACACACUUUCAUCCCAGUGCUGCCAGGAUCCAUGCUGGACAUCGUGUGCUGUCCCACUCCCUUCCUGGUGGGGCUGCUGUCCAGCUCGCUGCCUAAACUUAAAGAGUUACCUGUGGAAGAGGCGUUAAUGGUCGACCUCGGAACUGACCGAUUCAUCCGACAGAUGGAUGACGAGGCCUCGCUGUUGCCGCGGAAACUUCAAGCGGCUCUUGAGCAAGCUCUGGAGCAGAGGAAUGACAUCAUCAAUCAGGACUCUGACAGCGAGUCCGAUGAAGAGUAUAACUCCUUGAACAGCCUGGUGUCCGAGGCCUUCAUCCGCUUCUUCCUGGAGACCGUCGGCCAUUACUCCCUGUUUAUCACUCAGAAUGAGCGCGGAGAGCGGAUUCUCCAAAGGGAGGCCUUCCGCAAGUCGGUGGCGUCCAAAAGCAUCCGCCGUUUCCUCGGCGUCUUCAUGGAGUCGCAGAUGUUUGCCGGGUUCGUUCAGGAUCGAGAGCUGAGGAAAACGCGGGCCAAAGGUCUGUUUGAGCAGAGGGUGGACCAGUAUCUGGAGGAGCUGCCAGACACGGAGCAAAGUGGAGUCAACAAGUUCCUGAAAGGCCUCGGGAACAAAAUGAAGUUUCUCCACAAAAAGAACUGAGGCCAACUCUUCUUCCUCGAGCCUCUGCGUCGUCGCGACGAUUCGCAACCUUUGUAAACAUGUACAUAUCAUUCUACUGUAAGCUGGCUGCGAUGCUCUCCCUUGUAUGUUUAUAGUAUUCUAUGAGAUAGUGAUAGCAGGACGGUACACGGCCGCUGAGCUGUAGAGUAACCACUGUUGUUGUGAGGAGUGUUUUCAGAGUGUAUGUUAUUGAUAUGGGCAUAGAUGUACAGUUCGUAUGUAUUCGUAUGUCUCUCUUUUUUUUUUGUAUUUGCAUUCAUUCACAUCAGCCUCUGUUUAAGGAGUGUAAGACCUAUUUCGAAAACUGUACAUGGCACCAAGACAAUGAAGAAAAUGAUUGUAACUCUUCAUAGAGUCUCCUGCAAUAUUGUAUUAAAUGUGCUAGUUAAAAAUG